AUGCGCCUCGCAACUCUCCUCCCUCUCCUCCUCGCCCCACUAGGAGCUCUUGCUGCCCCAGCUGCGACGCCCAUCGACCUCGCCGUGCGUUACUCCCUCGAUUCUCGCCAGGCGCGUCCUCCGAAGCCUGAGCCGUGUGAACGUAUGACCCCAGCACCCAACGCGACGGAGACCAAGGCGCGUUUUGACAAGUUCGCAAACGCAUUUAUCUACACGAAGAACAUCACCGAGGCGUUCUCGUAUAUUACGAAGGAAUAUAUUAAUCACAACCCCGCGGCACAAAACGGCUUCGACUCUGCUUGGAACAUCCUCUCGCCCAUCUGGGGUUCGCAAAACAUCACGCCGCUGCGGACGACGUUCAAUGGCACGAGUAACAUGGGAUGGUUGAACUAUCGGUCUGGCAGCUUUGGCGAGGUUGUGGAUCGGUAUCGGUGGGAGGGGGGCUGUAUUGCUGAGCAUUGGGACCAGGGAGAGAAGUAUCCGACGUCGACGUAG